AUGGAUUCAUCUGUUGGUGGUGGUGGUCAUGGCGGAAAGAGACUUGGUGCUGGAAGACCUACAAUGCAACAGGAGAAAAUACUGAAAGCUGAACAUAAAACUGCAGCAUCACGUGCACGAUGGAGUGCAUAUGAAGCUCGUCAACAUCUAAUAGGAUUACGUUCUGAAUUAUUGAAUCCAACAGGAAGAUCAUAUGGUCUUGAAGAAAAUAAACUUGCAUUAUUAUUUGUACUUGAUUUAAUGGUUGAAGAAAGAAUGAACAAAACAGAGGCAUGUGAACAUGUCGCUAAACGUUUACAUCGUGGUCAUCAAUUAUUAUAUCAACUUAUUAAUCAUUUUCUGGAACAUCGAGAAAUCAUUGAGAUUGAUAGUGCUAAUCGUGGUCAUGGUUCACCAACAUAUGUGCACACAUUUUAUCAUCUCUCUGCCGAACAUAUAUCAUCAAUUGGUGUGUUUAUUAUAACUGAACAGCAAGAAGGUACCGGUAGUACAACAACAUCUGUUGCACAACAUUUAAAAUUAACGUUUAACAUUGAUAUAUGUCGCAAUACGUUAAUUUAUACAUUACAUCGUUUAGGUUACCAAUUUGGUCGUGGUCAUGUAAUUAGUGGUAACCCAUUACAAGAUAAAAGACCACGUAUAAGACAAUUUAUUAUUGAUUAUGCUAAUGCAUUAAAAGCUGAAGAACAUGGUAACAAUGUUAUUGCUUAUAUGGAUGAAUCUUAUGUUAAUACGAGACAUGCAUUAAAUGGUACUUGGUAUGAUGCAAGUCAACCAAUUGGUAAUAAAUUGAUACGAGGGACUGGAAAAGGAGCUCGACUGAUUAUUAUACAUGCUAUGACCAAAUACGGUUUAUUACAUCAUAGUCAUGAAAAAGGUGCUGCCGGUGCUGAACAAACAGCUGAAUUGAUAUGGAGUGCUGAUAAAGCAAAUGGUGAUUAUCAUAAAAAUAUGGAUAGUACCAAUUUCCUUUUAUAG